UGAACAAACGCUUAAAAAAUAUAGAUUUUACCGAUUGUAUGUAGUUAUAGGGCUCUUAAUACAGUUUGAAGAAUACACCCGGCCUACCUAAACUAUCACAGAGCGAAAUGAUCCAGGAUUUUCGAAUUACAAUAUCAUCAUUUAUCAUUUCUCUGUUAGCUUCACAGCAGCGCUACAGCUGGAUCUCCCGCUGUAUUUUAAGACUGAAGAGCGCCACAACGAUGACCACUUCCUGCUAGGCCUGGGGAGUGAUUAGAGAACCGAGAGUGGGAAGAGGAAGUGGUGUUGUUAAUGGGUGUCACGAUGCCUCGUCUCUCACAAGGGCUGAGCUUGUCAGCCGGGUUCUAGUGCUCUGCGUGAUCGUCCCGUCGCCGAGUCGGCACCAUGAAGAGCUCCUCGACCCUCCUCCUCCUCACCCUGCUCUCUCUGUUGGUGGGCGUCCCCGCCGCUGACCCAUCCAGUGAGGGCCCGGACUCCUCCCCCUCGAACACCUCCACCCUUGGCGGCUCCGUCCUGAACACCUCCGCCCCGGACCCCUCCCCCUCAGACCUGACGACCCAGGAAGACCCUUCCGCCUCGAACCAAACCUCAGACGGCCCCGGCUCCUCCCCGACGCCGGAGUACAGCGCCACCGACGGCCCGACCCCGCCCCCCAGCUCGGUGCUCCCCGCUCAUACCUCCACCACCGCCAAGCCCACCACCGCCACCACGGAGCGCUGCAUGUUCCCCCGGACGCAGGGGCGCGUGGUGCUGAUGGUGGCGGGCGCGCUGACGGUGGCGUGCGUGGGCCUGCUGGUCACCACCGCCCUGCUGACCUGGAAGCUCUGCCAGCGGCGGCGGGAGGCGGAGCCAGACAGCGACCUCAUCAGCAACUCUGAGUUCUGGAUGGGCAGCGCGCGGCGCAACAAGGCCAAGCCACCCCCCGCAAACGACACCUGCCUGCUGCUCGGACACCUGGAGACGAAGGGGGGGCAGCGGGGGGCCGAGGGGGGCGACGGGGGGGAGGCAGGCGAGGAGCAGGAGGGGAAGGGGGGAGAGGGGGAGGUGGACGUGGAGGCGAACGGGACGGCCGGCGUCCUGGCCCCAGCGGGGGGUCCCAGUGAGUCUGGACCCCCCGCGGACCCCUGCCUUGGGGGGGGGUCCGGGGAGGCGGUGUAGAGCCAGGGGGUUUGUGUAUUCACACACAACCGCUGAAGUUCAAAACAAACACACACACACACACACACACACACACACACACACACACACACACACACACACACACACACACACACACACACACACA